AUGGCUGUGAAGAAACUACAUCAAUUAUGGGAUAGCAAGAAGAAUUUGGUGAAGGCAUUCUUGAAUGAAAUAAGGGCACUAACAGAGAUAAGACACCAGAACAUUAUGAAGCUUUAUGGUUUCUGUUCACACCAUCGACACUUGUUCUUGGUGUACGAGUUUGUUGAAAGACGUAGCUUGGCUACAAUUUUGAGCAAAGAUAAGGAAGCUAAAGAAAUGGGGUGGAGAGAAAGGGUGAAUAUUGUUAACGGUGUAGCUCAUGCCUUAGCAUACACGCACCACGAUUGCGUGCCACCAAUUGUGCAUCUAGACAUAUCAAGCAAGAACAUUUUGUUGGAUUAUGAAUAUGAGACCUCUGUUUCAGACUUUGGUAUCGCUAAGUUUUUGAAUCCAGACUCAACUACUUGGACUGCCGUUGUAAGCACAUAUGGGUAUGUCGCACCAGAGAAGAAAAUGCCGACCGUGUUCAUCGCAGUUCGGUGCUGCCAAUGCUCCACCAUGCAGGUGAAGCAGAGGAACAAAAGCAACAAGUGGACAUGUGUCGUCUGCAAUCAGAAGCAGUUCGUCUGCCAAGUGUUUGCUCAAGGUCCCAUGGCCAGAGACCUCCGCCUCUUUGUCCAGUCCUCCAACAUGUCUCACCAGUUCGCCCAACAAACCCAUGAUCAACAGCAACAGCAACAGCAACAGCGAUAA